CUGUAGGAGAAACGGUGCUCCUAAAGACUAGCUGGUACUCGCACUGUCGAAAGUGCUUGUGACUGUGGUUGACGACUGUCCUCACCGCUCGCUGCUUUGUCCUCAGUAAUUUAGUCCUUAGACAAGCGCAAGAGCUAACCUGGAAUCAUAAUGGCUGAACGCUCAACUGUCAGUAUUGAGAAGAAAUCAUUGCAGCGACUGGCCUUUGUUGUUCCGUUAGUCUCAGCGUUUCUGUACCUAUCAUAUCAGAUGUUGUUUGGACCUUGCACCAUCAGUUUACAAGGACUGAAGGUAACAGGUGACCUUGAUUUCCGUUUCACUUCACCAGAUGGUAAACCACUGCUGUCUGGUCACUUUGAUUUUGGCCACCCACGUCCAGACAGCAUGGACUACGGGCAGACAAUUAUUGAUCGUAUGGACUAUUGUUCAUCAGAAUAUGAGUACAAUACAGGUUGUAUUGAAGAGACUCACAACCAGAGAAUUCGCAUCACCUAUGAGAGAACAAGUGAGGGAGAGUGCUACAGUGUUGUUCGCGAAGGUCUGCGCUGUCCAACACAGGAGGUGAAAGACUGCUUUGACAUGAGGGGAGCUCACUGGUAUGGAGGCUUUCAAUCCCACACACAGCCAUGGCCACUUGACAAGUCUCAGCUAGCAUCAGCUCCAUACAUUUCCACUGACCUAGGAUCUCAUGGCCUGGGCAUCGGUGGUGUGUUGGAGCGCUUUUUCUUUAACUCUAAUGGAGUUGGUAUCUUUGUGGCGCACGAGGUGCCUCUCUUUGUGAGUUUGAAUCCUCUGGGAGAUCACCGUCUGUGCUUUUCUGCCAGGUAUGAUGAAGGCUACUAUAGAAAUGGUGGAGUCUCUCUACCAGUGCUGAAUUAUACAAUAUGUCAUGCUGCUAAUGUUCGCAAAAUCUACAACUACAUGUCUCGUAGAUUUAUUUCCCAUCCCCAAGACAUCCCAGAUUCGCAUUUGUUUAGGCAUCCUGUAUGGUCUACUUGGGCCAUGUUCAGCAAGAACAUUACGCAGGAAAAAGUUCUCAGCUUUGCAGCCAACAUUACCAGAUUUAAUUUUCCAGCAUCACAGCUAGAAAUUGAUGAUGAGUGGACUCAUCAGUAUGGUGAUCUGGAGUUUGACGAGAACAAAUUUCCAGAUGCUGCAGCUAUGGUUAGACAGCUGAACAAACUAAGCCUACGUGUUACACUAUGGACACAUCCUUUCCUGAAUCUAGAUUCAAAGGCAUUUUUGGAGGCAUCUCAUGCACAUUUUGUGAUUGGGACCAGGGGAAGCCUUAAUCCUGCAUUAGUCAGGUGGUGGAAUGGAAAUAUGGCAGGUCUUCUAGAUGUGACUAACCCAGCAGCUGUUCAGUGGUACUUGAAACGUCUGGAGAUACUAAGAAAUAAGUACAACAUAAGUUCCUUCAAAUUUGAUGCAGGAGAGGCCUUUUUUGUACCUGAGGCCUACCAGACAUUUCAACCAAUGUUAAGUCCAAACACAUACAGUCAAAGGUGGGCAGAGCUUGCAUACCAAGCUGAUCCCCAUGUCCGACACCAGGAGGUGCGUGUAGGAUGGGCAUCUCAGUCAUUGCCUAUAAUUGUGCGCAUCUUUGAUCGCCGAUCAGCCUGGGAAGCACAUGAAGGUGGACUGCAGACGGUGAUUCCCGCAGUGUUAACAGCAGGUUUGGUUGGCUACCCCUUUAUUCUUCCAGAUAUGAUUGGAGGAAGCGGUGCCUACAUGGAUCAGACAUUUGGUUUAGGAAAGCUUCCUGAUCGAGAGCUAUUUGUGCGCUGGUUGGAGCUAAAUGCUCUGAUGCCUACCAUGCAGUUUUCUGUCCCACCUUGGUAUUAUGAUGAUGAAGUUGUCAAUAUUAGCAGACACUACAUAGAACUGCACCAGGCCUAUUCACAGACAAUCCUGGAGUUAGCACAGGAGUCUGUCUUAACUGGCUACCCCAUCAUAAGGCCACUUUGGUGGGUGGCCCCUGAAGAUGACGUGGCUCUCACCAUUAGCUCACAAUUUCUCUUAGGCAACAGUGUCUUAGUAGCUCCUGUCUUAGUUCGAGGAGCAAGGCGGCGAGAUAUUUAUCUGCCAGAAGGCACAUGGGAGGAUAAGUUGAGAGGUGACAUGAUACAAGGACCUGUGUGGCUGCAUGAUUAUGAAGUUCUUCUUGAAGAGCUACCACUUUUUGAGAAACACUGACAGUUUUAGUGACAAUAAUAAGAUUAAGAUGUUGGUAAAAAGGAUAUGGUAGUCUAUCUCUCCCAUCUUUACCCCAUUCACCCAAAGAUAAAUACUAGUAACCAAGGCAAAUAGCAGAAACUACUUUUGAUGAAACAUUCAGAUUGACCUCCUUAUGUUAUUGUAUUUAUGGCAGUGUGAUGAUUUUUGCAUUAUUGUUAUUUUUGUGGCAGUGUGAUGGUGUUAAAUACAAAUUACCUGAUGUUGCCGUACUCUUACCUGUGAUAAAAAUUAAAACUUUGCAAUUGUGCCACAUAGCAUAAUCUUAGCAGCCCAGCCCGUCCACUUGCCUUGCUGCAUGGAAUUGCCUAUCUUGUUACAAGGCAUUGCAGUGAACAGACCAGUACAAGGAAUAAGGUUACUCGCUCUGUUCAAAAUCUCUCUCUAAAAAUAGUUUGCAUCCAACUUAUGCUUUCUCCACGCUUAUUUCGACAUUACUUGACCUAUCAAAGAGCAAAAAAGACAACAUGCAAGUAAGUAAAAAUAUAACUUUAUAACUGUUUGUGAAAUGUUGAUAAAUUUUGUGCAUGUUAUUUGUAGUGCGCACUACAAACUCCAUGCACUUUAGUACUUACUACUUGGCUUGUUGCUGCUCUAGCGCAUGCACUUAUUAAACCAAGACCACAACUUUAACAAUUUCACUCACAGAUUAUUAGCAACAGAAAUAAAAUUUGGCUUGGGUCAAGUGAUUCACUUCAGCUAUCAAAGUCUAGGGAAAUCACGGCAAGGUAACAAAACUGGUUCUCUGAAUGUCGGCAAAUAUGAAUAUGAUAUGAAUGUACGUAAUAUGUACAGGUUGAAUUAUUAUGGUGAGUUUUGUGGCAUUCUUAUGCAUUCCGUUGUUACAGGUUCAUGGGAGCUGAUGGCUCCUUUGUCCCAUUUUUGCCAAAUAGUUACCCCUCGUCUUUGGAGAGAUGGUGGGAUAACUAAGUUUUUUUCUAUACUGUACCAUCAAUUUCACAUUUUGAACUGUUAUUUUUAAUGUUUCUUGGAGGUAUGAAUGUAUGAAAUGGACUUAUGUGAUAUGUAAUAACAUACCAUAGGACCAUCAUUCUACUUCUGUCAUCUUUACCUCCCAUGAUAAAUCAGGUAGCCAGCUGCUGUGUGGACAAGAAGCGUUUUCCACCCACAAGUGAACCAGUGACUUUCUACUCUGCAAUUAAGUGUUGCCUUCCCAAAAGUUGUGUCACCAAAUUUGAACAAUAUUUUGUGACAAGUUUGUUAUCCGUUUCUGAAACAAGUUUUCCUUAACAAAGACAAAUUAAAAGACUAAGAUUAAUGGUUGAGAUACAUGAUCUCACAUCCUGACUGCACUUGUGAUUUUUAGUGCUAGAUUUGUUUUUUACCUUUGACAUACUGCACCAGAGGUAUUUAGUACAUAAUGGUGCCCACUACACUUUAAGAGUGCUCUCAAAAUAAUUUGUUGAUAAAAAUACUUCAGCAUCAGUGAAACCAUAUUUCAAUGUUUAUUUAAAAAUUCCAUGGAGUCAAAAUGCCUGUUUAUAUCCUAGAGUAUGACAUGUAUCUGUGUGUGCAUUUAUUGAGUUUUUCAGGUUUCAGGAAAGUUAUGUACUUGUGUUAAAAGCACUUGUACCUCCUCUCCCCCCUAAAAAAAAUCCCUCUUCCUUUGACAAAAUCUGUUGUAUGACUUUGUUAUUGUAGGAUGGAAACAUUAACUGCUCAUUAUUUUGUGUAAUCACCUUAAAUUGUGAAUUGUCAGUUCUAGUUGAAAGACAGAAAAGCCAUUAAUUGGUGGUCACCAAUUUUACAUUUGUGUUAAGUAACAGUUUGCAGUUAUUGUUUGCAUUUAUCAGAAAUUAGUUUAUGACAUUGAAUUUGACAGGUAUUUAUGUAUGAUUCUGGAUGAAAUAAAAGCUAUUGCCCAGUU